AUGGAAGCAAUCUACCGAAUGGUCCAAGAGACCCAAGAUGGCCUCUCCGAUGAGGCUCUCCUACCCCUUAAGUCCUACAAGUAUUCGAGUGUCGACAAGUCCUUCAUCUCUCGGUAUAUCUUGUGUCACUACUGGAAUGCCUUCGUCGAGGUUGUGCCCAUGUGGAUGGCCCCCAACAUGGUGACCCUUCUUGGGUUCAUGUGGAUUGUUGCCAACGUCUUUAUUAUUCAAAUUUUCGUGCCAGAUAUGGUGGGACCCGGCCCCGCUUGGAUUUACUACAGUUUUGCUCUUGGCAUGUGGAUGUACUCUACCCUUGACAAUGUGGAUGGUAAACAAGCACGUCGUACUGGAACGUCCAGCGGACUCGGAGAACUUUUUGAUCACGGUAUCGACUCUCUGAACUGCACCCUUGCCAGUCUGCUGUCAACGGCCGCAAUGGGCUUCGGAGCCACCCACCUUGGUGUCUGGACCGCAAUUGUGCCUUGCCUAGCUAUGUACUUUUCGACAUGGGAGACCUUCCACACCCACACCCUUUACCUCGGCUACUUCAAUGGCCCGACUGAGGGUCUCCUCAUAGCCAUUUCUAUCAUGAUUGCUUCCGGAAUUUGGGGCCCCGGAAUGUGGUCUCAGCCCAUUGUUGGGUUCCUUAACUUCCCCCAGAUCUUCGGCACUAGCUCGAUCAAGGACCUCUGGGUGCCUAUCCUCCUGGGUGGCUUCUUCCUCGGUCAUCUCCCCGGAUGUGUUAUGAAUGUGGCUGAAGCCCGCAAGAAGCAGGGCCUGGCAUUCACCCCGUUGCUUAAGGAGUGGGUGCCUAUGAUCGCCUUCACCUUCUGCAACAUUGCCUGGCUGUUCUCGCCUUAUUCGGCUAUCCUUUCCGACAACCACCUUAUUUUGUUCUGCUGGGUUAUUGCAUUCGUCUUCGGACGCAUGACCACCAUGAUCAUUUUGGCCCAUCUUCUGAGACAGCCCUUCCCCUUCUGGACUGUGAUGCAGGCUCCCCUCAUUGGUGGCGCCGUCCUCAUCAACUUGCCUAUGAUCGGCUUCCCCACUAUUGCCCCAUGGUUGGAACUGCUGUACCUCCGACUGUACUUCAUCUUCGCUCUUGUUAUCUACAUGCACUGGGCGGUUCUCGUCAUCAACCGCAUUACCACUUUCCUCGGCAUCAACUGCCUCACUAUCCGAAAGGAUAGAGGUGCUGCCAGAGAUAGAGCCUAUCGCAACCUCGGUGAAUCGUCCCACUUAGAUCAGUCUCGCGCUUCGACUGACACAUCAAAGACCCAUUGA